AACGCCUGGGAGUGGCAACAACCCAAAGGUAACCAAAGCUAGUGAGAAUGAUUAGCGUGCAGCGUCUGAACUUUGUCUUAUGGCUCUUGCUUUCGGUCUCCUUUCUCGGUGAAACUGUGCGGGGCGAGAAUAUAGAUGCUGAGGAGGUAGAUCGUUUUUGUUAUCCGGAUUUGUUGCGCAACUCGCGACUCUCGUGCGAGUGCAGCAGCGUAAAUGCCGCGCCAUGGGGCAUGCGAGCCCUGCAUAUCGAUUGCAGCUACAAGGAUUACAAGUCGAAGGAUUUAUCGGAGCUGUUGCCGCUCUAUAUAGACAGUCUGGAUCUGUCCUGGAACACACUGGAUCUUGUGCCCCAAUUCAGCAGUGAUACCCUACGGCAGCUCAAUCUUAUGCACAACAACAUAAGCGGCAUAACGUCAAACAACUUUGCCCAGCUGGGCAGUCUGCAAGAGCUGCAUCUUAGUUGGAACAGCAUUCAGUGGCUGGCAGCGCAGGCCUUUGCCAAUCUCCCCCACUUGCAGGUGCUGGAUCUAGGCCAUAAUAAUUUGCAAGUGCUGCCAGCGCAAAUAUUUGCUCCACUCCUGGUGCUCACGACACUCGACUUGGCCUGGAACAGGCAGCUCAAUCAGACAGUGGAGCUGCAGGCGAAAGACUGGUACAAUAGCUAUGGCAUUAACAAUAAACUGGGCACUUUGCGCCUGGACGCCUGCAACCUGAGCACGCUGGUGCUGCCGACGGCAGCGCCCCUAAAGCAUUUAAGUUUGCGACGCAAUCGGUUUACGCGUGUACCUCCCCAGCUGCCCGCAACUCUCCAGCAACUGGACAUGAGCGACAAUCUACUGGAGAUAUUGCUUCCCACAGAUUUGGGAAAUCUAACACAGCUCCAGCAGCUCACUAUGGAGGACAUGCCUGUGCUGGAAAGCAUUGCCGCCAAUGCGCUACAGUCGCUCGAUAUGCUGGAGGUGGUUAGUCUACAAAACAGCCGCCGACUCAGCUCCAUUAAUGACGUGGCCUUUGGAUCGAACAAAUCGUAUUGGCCGCCAUUGCGGCGGCUUAUUUUUCGUGGCACUAUGCUGCGUACUUUUAAUGCCACCCUAUAUCCGUUAUUUGCACAACUUGACGAACUGGACCUCAACGGCUUGCCCCUGCAUUGUUACUGCGAACUAGUGUGGCUGAAAGAUCUGACCAUCGAGACUAAUGGUCGAUGCUAUAAGCCAUCGAGUGUUCGCGGCAUGCUCGUGAGCUCAGUGCGCCGUGAUUAUUUCAAAUGCGAUAGCUGGCCCCGUUGGCUUUACGGAUUAAUGGUAUUGGGUCUCAUUUCCCUAAUGGCCGCAGGCGCGUACCUAGUCGUUAUGGGACUGCGACCUCAUCGGGGCGUUACAAUGCGUCGCAAAGUGGGCGCUGGCAGCCCCUAUGCCCGGGUAACCAUCGAGCCCAAUCGACAGGAGAACAACUUUUCAGCCGUAGACUAAGUAAUAGAUUUAAUAAAGAAUCAAGCUGUAUAUUGGAUAAGUAAGCCCGAUCCCUUCCAGUACAUUCAUGGAUAAAAGCGAAAAACAUUUCAUUUUUUGCUAUUCAUGCUUAUAGUGCCUAUAAAUGAUCAUACCAUUGUAUAAAUUAUUAAUCUGUCUGUACGGUAUUUGUUUCUACCAAUACUUCAUCCAUAGCAAUGGAACCACUUCUUUAAAUAGAAAUAUGUAUAUAAGUCGCGCAUUACCUAUUCCAUAUACAUAACUGUCAUGGAAACUGUAGGUCCUAAGUCAAUAAACUAAUACUAUGCUUUGUAA